UAUAAAUGAAAUAACAAUGCAUCGGAUAGCUAGUGUCUCACGUACCAUAACUGUGGAAACAAUGAUUGGAUUAAAACGUAUCGCGUUAAUUAUUGCUGUAAGCGCACUAAUGUGCGUUCUCGCAGAGGAAAAGUCUCCCGAAAUGUUUGAUCGCAUCGAUUUUCGACCUAUUCUUCAAAACAACGAUUUACGAGAAGAAUUUUACAAUUGCUAUAUGGAAAUAGGACCGUGCACACCAGAACAGGAGACAAUAGGAGAAAUAUUCAGCGAAGCUUACCAAACUCAGUGCAAGAGAUGUACUACAAAGCGAAAGGAAAAUAUGGACAUAAUAACCAAUUGGUUCGUAACAAAUCAACCAGACAAAUGGCAGCUGAUAGUUGAGAAGACUCUAAAGAAAAAGGACGCAGAUCAAUAACUGCUGGCAAUAUGGAUCUUCUGUCUAAUGGAUCUUCUAACACGUGUUAUUCUCAAAUUUUCCCCAUUAAUCGUUGCGAAUAUAAUCAAUUUAUAAUAUGAUAGCUCAUAUAUAUAUACAUAUACUAUAGAUACUUUAUGGGGCUAAAGAUACAGUUUGUAAAUAUAUUAUUUUGACUGAACAUGUAAUUUGUAUUACAUAUUGGCAAAAAAUAUUCUCUCUUAUAAAAAAAUAAACACAAUAUAAUUGUUUGCACAUUAGCUAUAAAUUAUAGCAUCGAUUGGAGAAACAAUAAUUUUUCCUUUAUCAUAAAAAACAUUAAUUGUGUGAUCAAUUAUAAGAUCAGUUGUAUAAGACAUUGACAGAAUAAUAAACAUCUCUCAAAUUAUCAUCA